CCUACGCUUCUCUCAACCUUCAUUUCAAAAAUACCCUUCUCAAAAAACAAGAAGAAAAAUAAAAAAAUAAAAAAACUUCCUAGUUCUAGUUCUAGCCCAAAGAUAAUGGAGGGCAAAGCCAAUUCUGGAGUACUUCCUCCAGGUUUCAGAUUUCACCCAACAGAUGAGGAAUUGAUUGUGUAUUACCUCAAAAACCAAGCCACUUCAAGGCCAUGCCCGGUUUCCAUAAUCCCAGAAGUUGAUAUUUACAAAUUUGAUCCAUGGGAACUUCCUGACAAAGCUGAGUUUGGAGAAAAGGAAUGGUAUUUUUUUAGCCCAAGAGAUCGGAAGUAUCCAAAUGGGGUUAGGCCUAAUAGAGCAACUGUGUCAGGUUAUUGGAAAGCCACAGGCACAGAUAAGGCAAUUUAUAGUGGGUCUAAAUAUGUUGGGGUAAAGAAGGCUCUUGUGUUCUACAAGGGUAAGCCACCAAAGGGCAUUAAGACUGAUUGGAUCAUGCAUGAAUAUCGCUUGACUGAUUCACGUAGACAAAUCCCCACCAAACAACUUGGAUCCAUGAGAUUGGAUGACUGGGUCCUCUGCAGGAUCUACAAGAAGAGGCACAUGGCCAAAGCUCUGGAGCCAAAAGUGGAAGAUUCAAGUCCUCAUACUGAUAUAACAGCUCAUGUUGGUCAUGAGGCCAAUGAGGAACAAAUGUUGAAAUUUCCAAGGACGUAUUCCCUUGCACAUCUGUUGGAACUGGACUACUUGGGCCCAAUUCCACAACUUUUGAACGACAACAACCCAUACAACUCGGCCCAUGAUUUCAACGUCAACAGCAACACUUGGCCAAAUUCAGGAACUGGGUUUGUCCAAAACCUUCAGUUCGGUGAAAUGCCAUAUCAAAACUCAGACCUGGGGAAGUUCCAAGUGGCUCAAGCCCAAAGCAGCAACUUUAACCAACAACAUGUCUUUGGCAACCAAGGGUAUGAUGUGUAUGGUUUGGAACGUUAAAGAAGCGAAAAGUUUAGGUGUCAAUUUUAGGUUCGAACAUAAAGUUUGAAGAGAAAAAGCAAGACGGUUUGAACUGUAAUUUAAAUCUUUGUUUACAAAUGGCAUUCUCAUUGGUUUGGUUGGACAUUAGACAGCUAGAAUCGCCUACUCAGAAAAUUGUAUAUUUGUUGAAUAUGUAACAGACAUUUUGUGAAAUUUAAUGAAUUAUUCCACUUUGUUCCCAA